UGUUUUGCUUUUUUUCCCAGCAGAAAUUAACAAAUAUUUUUUUCCUGAUUUUAUUAUGGCUGUAAUGUUUAACUGGAUUCCUUUCACCAGUGGAGAUGUUUAUUGUAUACUGUGUGUGUGUGGAGGAGGGGGCGGGGCAACAGCACAAUGCAAAAAAUCAUGCAGAUACAGGUCAAGAGCUUCAGUUAAUGUUCACAUCAAAAAUCAGACUGAGGAAAAAUGUGAUCUCUUUGACUUCAACCAUGGUUGUUGGUGCCAGAUGGGCUGGAUUGAGUAUUUCAGGUGAUUUGUUUUCCCUAGUGUUCAAUGUGCUCAACACAAUGUAUUAACUAUUAACCAAUUACAUUGCUGCCUACGUCACUUCCGCAAGCCGCUAGGUUUCUUUCACGAGCAAGAUUGUGCUCUUUUUCAUCUGUGGACAUUUUGGAUGCGUCCAAGUCAGGUAAUUCAUUUUUAUUUUAUAUGAAUGUCAGAAUUAAUAUGUAUUUGAUAUUACUCUCAAAAUGUCUCUUGUUAAGUUUUGUUUUUUUGAGAAAUUGCUGACGGAUGAGGUGCAUUGCGAGUAUAGAUGCAUUUGUAGGCGGUAAACUGCUUCACAGAUGGUAUUUCUCCACAAAACUUUUUGAGGUAAUUUAUGUCACGUUUUUGAGCUAACUUUUUUUUUUUAGGGAGUAUUGUGUUCUGUUUUUGUGUGUGUGAUUUGUGAAUAAAAUAAUCCAGUUACAUGCUGCCUAUGUCACUUCUCAAGCCGUUAAAUUUCUCUCGAGCAAAUCCGUGCCUCAUUUUGGUCUCUGAGCAUCUGAUGCUAAUCAGACCGAUUGGUUCAGCUGCAGCAGAUUCUUGUGAACGUGUUUGACAUGCGGUGCAUAAUGUAGGUGUGUGUUUAAAAUAUGUGUAUUGGAAGUGUACAUUCGUUUGAAUGCAUCAAAAAUAUUAAUAAGUUUUAAAAUAAGCCGGAAAUUCUUGUCGGCGUUGGCUUACUGAGCGAUUUGGUUAAAUGAAGAGUCGGUUCAACUGAUUCAGUUCAUUCAUUCAUUCAAACCAUCGAAUAAGGGUAAGCGGCUUUUGUAAUGAUUCCUUAAAUGAACCGAUUCAGAAUCCUCUUCUUGAAUCGUUUGAGUCGUUCUCACUCGUUCAGUCGGUCAGGGUUGCACGUGUUGGUUGAUGGUUCUGCAUGUGUAACCAGCACGUGUUCACAGACCGGAAAUCCCGACCCAGUUGUAGACACUGGCGAGAAAUUUGAUACUAAAGUAAGUAUUUUAUCUUUUCUGGGUCUAAAGAGAGCUGAAGUAUUGCUGUUCCAAUAGAUCUAACAUUUGGGUUCAGAACACAUUCAUUGACACGGUGGAAUUGCAUGGAAUACUUUGAUUUGGCCUUUAUCUGCUGUUUGGACUGAAAGUUCUGGCACCCAUUCAUUUGCGUUUUCUGGACCUAUGUUUGUGUUCCUAUGAAGACAAAGGCAUACAAAUCAUGGAUGUGUUUACCUGGGGUAAAUUAUCAGUAAAUUUAAAUUUUUGGGUGAACGAACACACUGAUCUUCUGAUCAUAAUUACACAUUGGUUUGUGUGCUUCAGCAAUGUUUUAUUGGUCAACUUGUGUACAAGGCUUAUACUGUGUGUUUGUAGACAAUACAUGUACUGAGCCUUUGAAGUGUGAUAAUGGUGUGUUUUAUGUUAAUUUGAUACUUUUCUCAUUUUGGAUACAGUUUUAUUUAUUUAAUGUAGUAAUAUUGAGUACAUCUAACUUAAAUGCUAGUUGAGCCAACUUGGAUUGCAGUUAAAUAAAGAAGUGGAGACGACUUAACUUUUCCUAACUACAUUUUAUAAGUUACAAUUACUUUUUUAUUUAAGUGAACUUUUCUGUUGAAGUUCACAAAACUAAAAAAAACCAAUGGAAAAAGGCCACUUGAUGUAUUAAGAUGAGUCAGCAAAUUUUUUUUUUACAGUGUGUAAACUGUCCUGUGGUAUCUGUCAUUAGUGUUUUUUGUAUUACUCGGUGUCUCGUUUAUAUCCAGCACUGUAUGUGUAAGUGUGCACUGUAGGGUCGCUAUAAACCAGCAACAAAUUCCUUGUGUACUCAAGCAUACUUGGCCAGUAACGCUUAUUCUGAUUCUGAAAGCUCAGGUUUGGUUAGGCCGUGGAAAAAAGAAGACAUUCGGGCAGCUCUGAAAACCUUCUGUCAAUCUGUUUGUCCCCUCAGGAGGGGGAGACGAGACAUUACACAAGCUCAGCUAAGUGAGUGUGGGGGAGUGUUGACCGUGUUGAUAUUGUUGAGCAAUGGAAUUAGCAGUUUUAGAAACUCCUUAACCCAUGGUAUUGAUGCAUCUCUAACGAUAAUAAUACAUAGAAAAAUUAAACAGUUCUUCAUGGGGCAUUGGGAUAAUGUUGCUUAUUAUUGACUUCCAUCUUUUCCUCCCUAGAGACACAGAAGAACAUGGUGUCCACAAGAGCCUCCAGUAGGAGGAAGAGAUGUUCUCACCAGAGCAGUUUACAAAGACACCAGCGCAUUCAUACUGGAGAAAAACCGUAUCAGUGUUCACAGUGUGGAACGAGUUUCACACGGAAAUAUACUCUCCAGCAACACCAGCGCAUUCACACGGGAGAAAAGCCUUAUCAGUGCUCACAUUGUGGAACGAGUUUCAAGCAGAAAACUCAUCUCCAAACUCACCAGCGCAUUCACACAGGAAAAAAGCCUUAUCAGUGCUCACAUUGUGGAACGAGUUUCAAGCAGAAAGCUCAUCUCCAACAACACCUGCGCAUUCACACAGCAGAAAAACUGUAUCAGUGUCCACAGUGUGGAACGAGUUUCAGGUUGAAACAUCAUCUCCAGGAACACCAGCGCAUUCACACUGGAGAGAAACCAUUUAUCUGUGUGCAGUGUGGGGUGAAAUUUUCUCACAGGUCUACUCUUAAAACACAUCAACGUAUUCACACAGGAGAGACGCCGUAUUUUUGCUCACACUGUGGAAAGAUUUUUAAUCGAGAGAAUAAUCUCCGACGACACCAGCGCGUUCACACAGGAGAGACACCAUUUAUCUGUGUACAGUGUGGGGCAAAAUAUACUAACAAGCGUUCUCUCAAAAGACACGAACACAUCCAUGCAGGAGAGAAGCCGUAACACUGCUCCAUGAAGACAUGCUGUGUUAAGGUUGGACUGCAACGUCCAACCUAGUGAUAUGCUAAAAAUUUUAGUGAUAAUUCAAAUGUUGAAUGCAGUUAUUUUAUUUGAUUUAUUAUAAAAUGUGCUCUUUGUAAAUAGUUGUAUAAAUAAACUGUUGUUGUUUUAGUGUUGAAUCUACUUAUUCUAUUAUU